AUGUUGAGUUUGGUAGUGUCUGCAAAUUUGUCAGUAGAACAGAAGCAUGUGCUGGACAGGAUGGUGGAGGCUCAUCGGCAGUACAGUACGCAGGACACUACACACUGUAGGGUGUUUGAGUGGACUUGUACAGAGGUUGGUGGAGACAGACUAACAGACAUGGCAUGCCCUCCCUCUCAGAGGCUGCUGCAGUUCGCCAAGAGUGUACCUGGCUUUGAGCUCCUGGACUGUUUGGACCAGAACACCCUCCUCUCUAGUUCAUCUGUGGAAGUCAUGUUUCUGCUAUCAGCUCAGCAGUUCACCCAGAACCCAGCAGCCUCUAGCCCAGCACUACAACCUUUCAACAUCUCUACUCAUCAUUGGCUGAAAACCUUAGAGUCCAAGGAAAACAUUCAUAGUGGGACCGGCCCUGUAAACUCAGGAGUCAAUGAGGACUUGCUAGGACCGGUGCUCAACUUCUUCCACAGCAUGGCUGCAUUGGGGGUGACGGAGGCUGAAUAUGCCCUGCUCACUGCUACAGCACUGCUAUGCUCAGCAGACGAAGCGUUGCUGCAGGCGGUGGCGUGUGUGGAGAGCUUACAGGAGCUGACCAUGGAGCUUCUGUCCAGGGUGUGCGGAGCCCGGUAUGGAACCCAGGGCCCUCAGGGAGCCCAACGUUUCGCUCGCCUGCUGGGGAGACUCACAGAGCUGCGCACGCUACGACACAACCACCUCACCCUGCUCCGACAGCAGCUCUGGGACAGUCAGCCUUGAGACAGACACUGAGUACGAAGAACAGAGAUAGAACAGAGAGACAGAGACACAAACAAAUGGUUUAAAUAAUCUACAUUUUGGCUUAAUGUUCAAUGAUUUAUCAAGUUUGUACCAAACAAUUUAAGGUAAAACUAUUGGCCAUUUAGGAUUAUUAUGUUUAUAAUUAAAAAUACCAAUACCAUUCUUCUAAGUGAUUGGUUUCUACUGUAAAGUUUGAAUCACUGACCAGUAUUAAACCAACGUGAGUUUUGUUAUAUGGAGAACGCAGAUUAAGGUAUUAAAAAAGUAUUUUAUCAUA